AUGCUAGCCAUCUCCGAAAAAGACCUGACCAAGCUUCUACACAGCUUAAACCACGCCCAAUGCCACCACCUCCUCCAAAACCUCUCAACCGCCCUCAGCGCAUUCUCCGCACAGCGAAAGACUAAAGACGUCAACAUACACCAACCACCGCGAACCAGCAUCGUCAGCGAAAAAUGGUCCGCAACAACCUUGUUCAUGCCAGUAUCAGACCAUGCCUCUACAGGAUUUAAGGUCGUCACAGUCCCCAAAGUGAGUACACCCACAAACGGGAUAAGAGGUGUCAUCAACAUCCUCUCUCCAGAGGGGCGGUUGGAAGGCGUCAUGAGCGCGGCGGAGAUUACCGCUUUUAGGACUGCGCUUGCGAGCAUGAUUCCUUUUACACGGUUCUGCCAGCAAUCAUCGGAGGUGGGUAAAAAGAAGAGGAUUUUGAUCUUUGGAUCGGGGAAGCAGGCGGAAUGGCAUGCGCGAUUGGCGUUGUUGACUGUGCCUGAGUCUACGGAUAUUGAGAGCGUGACAUUCGUUAAUCGAAGCCAGCGACGGCUCGAGGAGAGUAUUUCGUCGACUUUGGUUCCCGAUCUAAAGGCGCGAUAUCCCCAUCUUGACAUCAACGCUUAUUCUCGCGAAGAACUUCAAGACAAGGGAGAUGCGUAUCAGACCCGUCUACGUGCCGAUCUAGCGUCAAGCGAUGCUCUAUUUUGUUGCACGCCCUCGACGGAACCAUUAUUUACAUAUGAUGAUUUAACUGCAACCCCCAAAAGAAGAUAUAUUUCAUUGAUUGGCUCGUAUAAACCGCACAUGCAAGAAAUCGAUUCAAGAACGCUUCUAUCGGGGAACAAAGAAAUGAUAUACGUCGAUUCAGUGGAGGCGUGUAUAGAAGAGGCGGGGGAAUUGAUUAUGGCGAAGGUGGAGGAAAAGCAAUUGAUUGAGUUGGGUGAACUUGAUUCGUCUUCUAGUCUCGAUGGGGAAGGGAAUGUGGUUUUCAAGUGCGUUGGGAUGGGGAUUAUGGAUCUGGUUAUUGCGAGGAGUUUGUUGGAGAUGGCGAGGGAGCAGGGGCUGGGGACGGCUGUGGAGGGUUUUUAG